UAAUUGGUCAGUUGCGCGCGGCCCCCCGCAGGAAGUGUUUGUGAGUAGGAGCAACAGCGUCACAAAGCUAAAAUAAAAUUAUGGAAGGACGAGGUAAAAAAUUAGUGCAGUUGGUUCUAUUAGACAAAGAAAGCCAUGACGAAUGUGAAGUCAGGGAUAUAGAGCCAACUUUAUCGAUAGCACCGAGAUCUCCUUCCAUUUUAAAAUCUCAUGAUGGUGAUUUAAUAAAACAUUCCAUUACGAAUGCUGUUGAAUCUUCAAACAUCCGUGAUGAUAAAACUCAGCCUAUUAGAGUUUCCGACGAUGGAAACUCAUCUGGACAUGCCUUUUCUGGAACCGAAGAAGAGCAAUAUGUACCUAAACCAUCGUCUAGCUCAAAUAUUAGUAUAAAUGCUGUUGAAUCUUCAAGCAUCCAUAAUGAUCAAACUCUGUCCAUAAGAGUUUCCUACAGUGAAAACUCAUCUGAACAAGACUUUUCUGGAACUGAUGAUGAUGAGCAAUAUGUGCCUAAUCCGUCAACUAACUCGCAUAGUAGUAGUAGCUCUAGCAACAGCUCAGAAAGUUCUUCGUCAUCGGAAUCUGACCAUGAAACGCUUACCACUGGAAAUAUCAACCAAGAGUCCGGACCAUCGACCAUGAAACGUAGUAGAAAACGUACUCGCAAUCCAAGCAAAUGGAAAAAAAAUGUUGCCAAAAUGCUGAAAAAUUCUGGUCAGCAAUAUACUUCAUUAAAAACUGGUAUGGUUAAAGCAGCUAAAAUAAUGGGUCCGACUUGUUCAGAUAAAUGCCGGCUGUCUUGCUCAUCAAAAUUUUCGACAGAAAAGAGAACUAAGCUAUUUGAUGCGUAUUGGCAGUUAGGCCAAUUACAAAGGCAGCGUGAUUAUUUGGCAUCUUGUGUGAGACUUUUAGAGUUAUCGUAUCGGAGAAUAAAAUAAUCUCGUAAAAAUAAUCCCAGGAAACCAAACACAACUUUUUAUUUAUACAAUGAUGAAAGAGAAGUUAGAGUAUGCAAGACAUUAUUUAUGAAUACUUUGGGUGCCACUGAACGAAUUUUACGUACAGUUAUAGAAUGCAAGUAUAAAGAUGAAGGCCAUAACAUUAUGAAAGAAGAUGGAAGAGGAAGACAUGGCAAACAAAUCAGAUUGGACGAAGAAAUAAAGCAAUCUGUGAGAGAUCAUAUUAACUCGAUCCCAAAGAUAGAGAGCCAUUAUUUAAGAGCGAAUACUAGAAGGCUCUUCGUAGAGGGAGAUUUAACCAUAGCAGAAAUGCAUAGACAUUACAAGAAAAAGCGUGAGGACGAAAAUAAACCACAAGCUUGUUACGAUGCUUAUGCUCGAAUUUUCAACACAGAAUUCAAUAUAGGAUUUUUUAUUCCAAAAAAAGAUACCUGUGACGACUGUGAAGCCUAUAAAAACGCAUCUAUCGAAGAGAAAGCAAAAUUGGAAAAUUCUUAUAAAUUACACCUCGAAGAAAAGAGUUUAUCUAGGAUAGAAAAAGACGUGGACAUGAGGAAGUGUAAA